UUGAAGAUGGCGGACGUACAACCUCCGCCUCUCCGGUCCAUGGAUGAUUUUCUUUUAGGGUCGGCCCGGUUUUCUGUUCCAGAUGUUCGGAACUUAGACCGAUUAAAUAAUCGUAUUAUUAACAACCUGCUUUACUAUCAGUCCAACUAUUUCGUGUCCGUCAUCAUUUUCCUGGUCAUAGUUGGAUAUUUCCGGCCCAUGCAGCUGUUUCUGGGGGCCACAGUGGUGACGCUUGUGUUUCUGGGGUUCGUGUGGGCGGCAGAGAACCAGGCCAGCAUCCGGCGAUUCCGCCGCACGCACCCCUCCCUCUCCCUCACUGCCAUCCUGGGCGCCUCCUACCUGCUCCUGUCUGUGCUAGGCGGGGUGGCCGUCUUCCUUUUCGGGAUCGCCUGCCCAAUCCUAUUUGUCCUGAUCCAUGCUUCGGUGCGCCUGCGCAGCCUGAAGAACAAGCUGGAGAACAAGCUGGAGAGCAUCGGGCUAAAGAGGACUCCUAUGGGGCUGCUGCUGGAGGCACUGGGGCAGGAGCAGGAGGCAGGCUCAUAGGAGGGGAGCGCGGCAGGGAGGAGGAACAAGAGAGCGACCCGAGGCAGGGGGAGCGAGAUCUCCCGCGAUCACCCGACACCACCGACCGCCAGCCCCGCCCGCGUCCGGUGGCGUAGCUCUGUUUGCUUUUUCUGUUCUUUUCUUACUUUUUUUAUUUAAAGACUUUCGCCCAUCACAGUAGCUGCAUGGCAUUUGGUUCACGCUUAAAGGAAUAAUCACUCUCUGAUGUCUUCUUCUGCUCUAAGGCAUAUUAGUUACAUUUAAACACCGUUGAAGAAGGGCAUCAUUUUUUUUCUUUGCACAGUAAUUUUAUAGAACACUCAAGACUUUUCUUUGCAAAGCUCUCCGCUGUCCAAGAAAUGAAGGAUUCAAGUGUGUCUUUAUUUUCUCAUAGCAACUAUGAAUGAGAGAUGGCAUCUUUGGAUGGCCAUCAGUGCCCUUAUGGAUUCAUUUUAAGUGAUUUUGAUUUGAGGGGCUGUUCUUCAUAUUAAGGAACAUUAUAGAAAUGUUGGUUUCAUAGUACAUGCAGAAUGCAUUUAAUUUUUGUCCUAUCAUACUCCUUCAGUAUGAAUAACAGCACUUUCUAAGGUGUAGUCACCCGGAUUUAGGAGGAAAAACUCUGCAGCCCUUCAGAGCUGCAAUUUCCUGUACUUGUGAAAUUGUGGAGGGGUUUCAUAUAUAUGAAGGCCAAACUGAUCUAUGUUAGCAUAUGGUUAGCAGGAGUGUAAACGUCUGUCGUAAGAAUGUGAUACAAUAUUGAUACCCAAUACAAUAUAUCAGAAUAUAUCUGAGAAUUCACUUCAAUACGAUUCAAUGCGAUACAUUUCAAUACAGUAUGAUUCAGUCUGAGCUUGACAUUACCUUAUGCUUAUAAAGAAUUGCCGAGUAUCGAAGCAUAUGCAAUUGAAAUAACACUGUGGCAAGCACUGUAGUUUCAUACAAAUUCAUCUUGCAUUUGUAUGAAUAAACCAAAAAUAUCAAUGGUAUGGAUGAGGUCUCACAGUCUGACGUUUAUGCAUCAGUGCAUCAAUACGAAACAAUGUUUCAUUACACCCCUAUUUGAUUGAUCAGUGGAAUAUGUCUGACUGCCACAUAUUUUGAAACAAUAGUGUGUUUGUAUUAGAAAAGUCUUAAAUUUUCGCCUAACUUUGAGAUUAAGUUUGUGUUAUGCAUUCAUUUUCACUUCUUGGCCACUGAAUAUAUACUGAACACUAAGCUGAGUGUUU